UUUAUUCCUUCUUUCUGGUUUUGUUGAUAUCAUCCUUUUUGGAUAUUCAUUUUCAUGAAUUUGCAAACUUUAAUUUUUCUGUAUGAUGACGGUUAUCAGGGCAGCUGCUUACACACAGAUCCACAAAUACACUGAAGCAAUCAGAGACUGUCUCAAGUCCAUUGAAAUUGACCCUAAUUAUAGUAAGGCAUACAGUCGCUUGGGUUUAGCAUAUUAUGCACAAGGGAACUACAGUGAUGCUAUUGAAAAAGGAUUUAAGAAAGCCUUGCUAUUGGAUCCAAAUAAUGAAUCUGUCAAAGAGAAUAUUCAGGUGGCUACACAGAAAUUGAGAGAAGAGAUGCAACAGACAGGGCUGGAUCAGAAUACCAGUUCUAGUCGUAAUAAUCAAGAACCGAACCAGUCAACAGGAGGGUUCAGAAGUCACGGAACAUCAUCUUCCUUUACAAUGCCUUUUAAUGCUAAUGCUCUACCCGGUGAUUUUGCAAGCAUGCUUAUGAACAUGGCCACAAAUAUGCAGCAGGGGCAGCCUUCUCAGAACAGACAAGAAGAAGAUAGUAAUAUCGGUGGAACUGAUGAGCCUGGCAUAAGACUUGGUGGGAACAUCAAUUUGAAUUUUGGAGAAAAUGUGCCUGAGGAGGUAACAGGGGCAUUGAGAUCAAUGAUGGAAAUGUUUUCAGGAGCACCAGCCCCUGGAAAUCCUCAAGAUACUGAUACCACAAAUGGAAGAACACCAACAAACUAAAAUAAUUUACAACCUUGUACUUCCACCUGGCUAGCGAGGGUUUUGUUUCGAAAAUUUUUCAAUAUUUGUGCGGUCACAGAUGAUCACCAACCUUAAACAAGAACAGAAAUUGUAAUAUAUUGGAUCUUUUGCCCAUGAUUUUUUUUUCGGCUAUGAUAAAUUAUUUUGUGUUU